UAUUGAUUCACAUCAGACCAAUCAGAAUGAAGUGACACAACUCGAACAGGCGCAACUUUUCCCAAACGACCGGGAGGUGGCGGAGUCAUGUCGAACCGAAGCGAAAGCGUCAAGGUGGUGGUGCGGAUCCGGCCGCUGAGCACCAAGGAGAAGCAGGAUGGCCGCACGUACAUCGUGUUCUCGAAGCCGGAGGAGGGCGAGAUCUCGUUGAACAAUCCAGAAGCUGACGACCGCGAGCCACCGAAAAAGUUUACGUUCGACGCCUCGUUUGGCCACGACAGCGAGCAAAUGGACGUGUACCAGCACGCCGCACGAGACAUUGUUGACAGUGUCGUCGACGGCUUCAACGGGACGAUCUUUGCGUACGGCCAGACCGGGGCGGGCAAGUCGCACACGAUGGAAGGGUAUAACGACCCGCCUGAGCUCCGCGGAAUCAUUCCCAACUCGUUCAAACACAUCUUCGACAAAAUUGGGUCGAUUGCCAAGACGCAGUUCAUGGUGUAUGCUUCGUAUUUGGAAAUUUACAACGAAGAGAUCCGCGACUUGCUUGCCGCCGACCCGCAGAACCGCCUCGAGCUCAAGGAGAACAUGGACACGGGCAUCUAUGUCAAGGACCUCAUCUCGCGCCAAGUCACGGGUGUGGCCGAAAUCGACGCCGUCAUGCAGCAAGGGAAAAAGAAUCGGUCGGUCGGCGCCACCCUCAUGAACCAAACGUCGUCGCGGUCCCAUUCGAUGUUUAUCAUCACGGUCGAGACGUCGUCGAUUGGCGUCGACGGGAAGGAUCACAUCUGCGUGGGAAAGCUGAACUUGGUCGAUUUGGCGGGCAGCGAGCGUCAAGCCAAGACGGGCGCAACGGGCGACCGCAUGAAAGAAGCGACCAAGAUCAACUUGUCGUUGUCAGCGCUCGGGAACGUCAUUUCGGCGCUCGUGGACGGCAAGUCGCAGCAUAUUCCGUACCGCGACUCGAAGCUGACACGGCUGCUGCAAGACAGUCUCGGCGGGAAUGCCAAGACCGUCAUGAUUGCCAACUGUGGCCCGGCCGACUACAACUACAACGAGACGCUCUCGACGCUUCGAUAUGCCAAUCGUGCCAAGAAUAUCAAGAACAAACCCAAGAUCAACGAAGACCCGAAAGACGCCAAGAUCCGCGAGUUUCAAGAAAAGAUCAAGGAGCUGCGCGAGGCGUUGGCGGCGCAGGAGAAGGGGAUGGCCAUGGGCAUGCACGUAGUGGACGGCAAAGAACUCAAGGGAAUUGCUGCCGCACCGCCCCAGAUUAUUGAAAAGAUUAUUGAGAAAACGAUCGUGAGGCGCGAGGGGGUGAGUGAAGACGAGCUGAAGAAGCUCCAGGACGAUGCCCUUCGCGAAAAGAACGAGCUCAAGAAGAAGGCGCAGCAGGAAAUGAAGGCGCUACUGGCGUCGCAGUCCAAGACGGAGGAAGAGCGCGAACGGUUGGCCGCGCAGCUCCAGGAGAAAGCACAGCAGAAGGAACUUCUCGAGAAGAAGAAGCACGAAAUGCUGGCGCAAUUGGAAGAGUACGAGCACAAGGUGAUCGUCGGCGGACAGCUCAUGGACAAAGCCGCUCAGCAAGAACUCGAGCUCCGUGAAGCGCAGCAAAAGAUCGACGAGCAAAAGCGGCAGGAGAUGCAGCUCGCGCGCGAGUUGGCCGAGCGCGAGGACUCGAACCUGCUCCUCGAGGAGCAGUUUUCGUCGUUGCAGGAGGAAGUGGACGUGAAAACGAAGAAGCUCAAAAAGUUGUGGGCAAAACACAAAGCGGCGUCGACAGAAAUCGAAGACUUGCGCACGGAAUUCCAGACCGAAAAGGAGGACAUGCUCGAGACCAUCCGAGAACUGACCCGACAGCUCAAGAUCAAGCAGCUCCUGCUCCAGCAUUUCGUGCCCCUGGACGACGCGUAUGCGAUCGAAAAGCGCAGCAAGUGGGACGCAGAGCUCGACGAGUGGACGCUCGAACACUUGGAGACGCGGCCAACGAGUUUGCGCCCAAAGCGCCCGGUGGCGCGGCGCGGCGUUCGGCGCGCCGAGACGGACUUUGCUCGGCGCAAUCGCCAAGUCGACCGAGCAAAUCCUCGGUGGAAAGGCGAUAAUGUCAUCGUGCUCGAGCUCGAAAUGCCCGAACGCCGGACCAAAGACUACGAAAGCGGCAUGAUGGGGUUCUGGCUCGACCGGAUCGCAUCAUCCAAUGAUGACGAGACCGAGAUCAUUGUGCUGGAGGAUGCACCGACAUCAUCGGCCACGAUCGACGAAAAGGACGGGAAACCACACUCGACGGGGCCGUCGACCAGCGACACGGAAGAAAGGGAUGACAACGAGAGCCGAUCCAAGGAAAAGGAUCGAAGCGCGAAAAAGUCGUCCAAGGCGCGGCCCCCCACUGCCAGCCGUCGCCGAAAGGACGCCGAGUAAGUCGACGACGUCGAUGGUGCGAGUGCGACGAGUAUUUGAAAACAUCAAUGUGUUGUGUUUCGU